UUAGGUCCCCCUCUAUUUAACAUGGAAUUUGUAAUAGUCACUUUGGAUGUUGAAUGAAAGUAGCAGUAUUGCUUUCAAAAUCAUGAUUGAUUAUUGAUUUGUGCGUAAAACAUGUUACCGUUACCAAUAGCGUGUGUGAUAGUUUUUUGCAGUUCCGUGUUAGCUGCCUCGUCUAAACCACACAUUAUUGUUAUCGUAGCAGAUGAUUUGGGAUGGAAUGACGUUAGUUUUCAUGGAAGUGACCAAAUUCCGACCCCCAACAUUGAUGCUUUGGCUUACAACGGAGUUGUGCUAAAUAAUCAUUAUGUGCAACCAUUAUGUACUCCAUCACGUGCCGCAUUCCUCACCGGAAAAUAUCCCAUUCACACGGGUAUGCAACAUUUAGUCAUUUUGGAAUCCGAACCAUGGGGGCUGGGACUGGAAGAGAAGAUUUUGCCGCAGCGUUUAAAAGAUCACGGUUACACCACACAUGCUAUAGGUAAAUGGCAUUUGGGGUUCUUCAAAAAGGAGUACACCCCAACGUUCCGCGGUUUUGAUUCGCAUUACGGUUACUGGCAGGGUUUGCAGGAUUACUACACGCACAUGGCUCACGGAACGGUAAGGGAACAUUUUCGUUAUUUGUACUCAGCUGCAUUUUCUCAGCUAACGGAGGAAUUAGGGUACGAUUUCAGACGUGACAUGGAAAUCGAUUGGACCGCAAGAGGGAAAUAUUCGACGAAUUUGUUUACAGAUGAAGCCGUCAAUCUUAUACAUCGACACAACACUAGCAAACCAAUGUUCAUGUACUUGGCUCAUUUAGCUGUACAUUCUGGUAAUGCGGAUAAUUUAGUGCAGGCUCCUGAUGAAGAAGUUGCAAAAUUUUCCGACAUAGAUGAUCCCCAAAGACGUGUUUAUGCAGCUAUGAUGUCGAUGAUGGACCAGAGUGUGGGUAAAGUCGUCACGGCGCUCAGGCAAAAAGAAAUGCUGGAAAAUUCAAUAAUCAUAUUUUUUUCGGAUAAUGGCGCUGUGACAAAAGGUGCACAUCAUCCAAACUUUGGGUCAAACUAUCCUUUACGGGGCCUUAAAAAUUCACCAUGGGAGGGUGCUACAAGAUGCGUGGCGGCAAUAUGGAGUCCGCUGAUUAAAAAACCCCAAAGAGUAGACACACACGUCAUGCACGUGACGGAUUGGGUGCCAACAAUUUAUUCCGCUAUUGGAUUGAAUUUAACAGAAUUGCAGGACGUCGACGGUCAUGAUAUGUGGAAGACGAUAUCUGAAGACGCCGAUAGUUCACGCACGGAUCUUCUGUACAACAUUGAUCCUGUAGUUAAUUACGCUGCGAUUCGUAGAGGCGAUUGGAAAUACAUCGAUGGCACAACACCGGCCAAAGAAGACCUUUGGUACGGAUCAUCUGGAAAAGAUAAGGAAUACGGGUAUGAUCAAAGAUUAGUUUUAAAUUCUGAAACUGCUGUGGCGAUCGCAGGAGUUAUAACUUCCAUGCAAAUCAAGGAAAAAGAAUUGCUAGGAAAGGCGACAAAUAAAUCUGACUUUUCGAAGCAGCUACUCAAAUUAGAGACCAUUUCAGAAUUGAGAAAAUCGGCAACAGUAACCUGCCCUGAACUAAACCCAGAGGAGCUACACGAUAACACAAAAUGCAAACCAUUGGAAUCGCCUUGUCUUUUUAACGUAAAAGACGAUCCAUGCGAAAUGGUAAACCUUGCAAAAACGAGACCGAUGAUUUUGAUGAACUUAGAAGAACAGCUAAUGCGUGUAAAGAAAACUAUGAUCAACAUUCGAAAUACCCCCCGAGAUUUAUUGGCCGAUCCGCUUAAUUGGAACGACACUUGGAUACCGUGGCAAGAUGAUGAGGAGGUAAAGAAGUUUAAGCUCUCCUUGCAAACACCACAGUCUUCAAUAGCGGUAAUAUUAAUAGGAAGCGCUUGUGCAGCUUUCGUUUUAACUCUAACUGGAAUUAUCAUUCACUCGGUUAGGAAAUCAAACGUGUUAAAAAAGCAAUCAAGAUCAGCAAACGAAACAGAUAAAAUCCCUUCAAAAUCGAUGAGAGAAAUUGAAGAGCAACGUUCUGAUGAAGAAGAUUGAUAGCAACUAGUCGUUUUGGCAUCUUACAAUUUUAAAAGAAAUUGGAAAGUAUGCUUUUUAUUAGUUUAAGAAUUGGUUAUUUUCAGAAUGAAAGUAACUUUAUUCGUUUGUCAAUAUUAGGUAGGUCUGUAUCGGUAUUCUAGUACUACAACAUGUAUUGUGUACAUUACAUAGUGAUAGGAAAAUUUCUUGUACAUAGUAAUUAAAUAUGUAGUUAGAUCGUUUGGUAUUUCUAUUUAUUAAAAGAUAAUGUUUUAAC